CGGUUAAACCGCGCUGGGAAGUGGCCCAGAUUACAGAGACUUUGCGAGAGCAUCAAGCGCCCCCCGAUAUCUGUGCGGUCCGCUAAGCGCUUAAGACUUUUUAAUACUUUCAUAGGAUUUCUGCGUGAAACCUCGCGCGGCGACGAAGGCGAUCUCGUGUGCAGCCGUCGCCGAGACGGGAGCCGGGAGUCGUCAGUGAUUUGUAAGCCGCUUGCCGCCGGCGGAGCCGCCACCGAUGACGUUCGGGGAUUUGCACCUGCAGGAAUCAUACAAGUGCCCUGUGUGGUGAAUUUUUUGCACAAACUAUCCAAGCAAGAAAGAAACUGACUGUCGUCGACUGAAAGUGAAACGUGUGCAAAGUGGGUCUGUGAUCAUCCGACGGGGAGCUGCUUAUCAAACCAUCCGACGGCAGCCGAUACUCAGAAUACUCAAAAUACCAAAGAUUUGAAACGUUAAUAUUAUCAUCAGUAUCAAGAAAUUAAGUCAUUAGAGAUUAUAAAUGAGAUUAAAUUGCUGCUAUAAGUGAUAUAAACAGUGAUUACAUACGGGUUAUAGAACUGCAAACAAUUGAACUAAAAAUAAACUUUUGUGAUACAAAGCGUCAAAAUUGCGCUAACACGCGAAGAAUUCAUGAAUUGUGCGCCGAGGAGAAUCGACAUGGAGCGGAUGGAAUCACUGACGGAUCCGUCGCUCUGUCUGCAGGACCUCGUCUCGACAUCGACGGCAAACAGCGAUCAUCUGCAUGGCGUGCAUCAUCUACACGAUUCUGUCACUUCGGUGUCGGUGAGUUCAGCCAUUUCGGGCAUCAUGAGUGGGACCUCUUCUGUUUUGGGUCAUCACCUUACGUCGCAUCAUGACCCUCAUCACCAUGGGGUUGUACCGCACACACCGUCACUGCAUCAUGAACCUUUGGAGAAAUUAAAACUUUGGGCCGAGACUGGAGACUUCCGCGAUGCGCAUUCCGGGAUGACCGGAGGUGGUAGCAUGGAUCAUCCACAACUUCCAUUUCCUACUGCAGCGAGGAGUAGAACGAGAGAACGAAAAGCAAGCAGAUCUUUGAGUGAUCCGGUAAAGACAGAACAGGUUGGCGUGGACAACGGCGACAGUGAAGAAGGCAAGAAUGAUAAGAAGUCAAAACGUCAGCGUAGACAACGCACGCACUUUACUUCUCAGCAGCUUCAGGAACUGGAAGCUACUUUUGCGCGGAAUCGUUAUCCUGAUAUGAGCACCAGGGAAGAGAUUGCAAUGUGGACGAAUUUAACAGAAGCCAGAGUCAGAGUUUGGUUCAAGAAUCGUCGUGCAAAAUGGCGUAAACGCGAGCGUAACGCAAUGAACGCUAUGAAUGCUGCAGCUGAAUUCAAGACCGGUUUUGGGACGCAAUUCAAUGGUUUGAUGCCCACUUUUGGCGAUACAGACAGUUUGUAUUCAUCAUACAGCUACAACAACUGGGCGACUAAGGUACCCAGUCCUCUUGGUGCAAAACCUUUCUGGCCGGUGGUUCCAUCCAACCAUCAUCAAAGCCCAGUGAAUUGCUUCAACGCUGCUACCUCAGUGGCGUCUAUGUCGGGAGCGGCCAACUCCAUGCUGCCCGGCACCAUGGGAACAGGGUUAUCGACCACACCAGGAUCCGUCUCUGCUCAGCAGUGUCCCUAUACCACGCCAACAAACCCCUACUCGAUGUACCAUCAUCGGACGACGGCUGAACCUUGCACAGCGUCCAGUAUCGCUUCGCUCCGUCUGAAGGCCAAACAACACACUGGAUUCGUAGGUUAUUCAUCGGUCAGUCCGGUGCGUUCCAGUUCCGCUGGUCUUUCUGCGUGCCAAUAUGCCGGAAGCGGGAUCGGUGUCAGCGAGAGACCUGGCUGAGAACACGAGCAGCCUCUCGGGGCCCAAUGCAAGAGUGAAGACCAAGACGAUUAAUUUGCAAUUAGGUACAUCAAAUUCAACGUACAAUCAUCAAUAUAAAAAACAGUGCAUCAUUAAUCUUGGAAUCUUCGAAUCUUUGCGUAAUUAUUUUAAAUUCUGUUAAAGAACUUCCCUUGGAACGAAACCUUAAAAACAAAAGUGUAUAUAUAAAUAGCCGUCAAUAGUGUCAAUGUGUUAUGUUAAUUUUGUCUAAGAGAAAACAGAACUCCAUCGUGCUUUGUGUGCCAUCUUUAGUAACUGUGAAACCAAUUAUGCCUAAUUUGUGAUCAUUGAUUUACGUAAGAUUGACGAAAAAAGUUCCCAGUACAAAUUAAGUAUCAAGUAGCAACACCCGCACUAGAAAAUCGCUUUACGAAAAUGUCACCUUCGCAAGUGGAUCACAGGGUACCAAAAUGGUAAAUGUCAAGAUCUCAGGUUGCCUAAAAUUAUCCAAGAAAGGUGACAUUUUCAAAAUAUUAAAUUGAAGCAACCAAAAAAAGUGCAAUGGCAUACUAUCAACUAUCAAUAUCAUUAAGUUUAAUUAAACACUUGUGUAACUAAUAAGUUUAGUAAUACUAAUGAAUGUAUAUUAUAUGAAAUUUGAAUGAGAUUUUUGCAACCGAAGUGAAAUACUACGUAUAAGUACCAAUACCAAACCAAAACAAAACAGUCAUACCAAAAAUGAAAUGAAAAGAUGAGAAAGAUCGGUCUAAUAAAUUUUUAGACUCUGAUUCAUUGUUUUUAGUACAAAGUAUAAAAUUGAAAAGGCUGCCAAGUGCAAUGUAUUAUAAAUCAGUCGAAAUAAUAAUACAAUUUUAUCAAUGCGAGGAAUGCGAAUGAUAAUGAUAUGAAUGCGUUUUUACAUUCAGUUUUGUUCGCAAGUACCUACAUUAUUCGUAUUAAAAAAGAACAUGAUGAGAACAUGAUAAGGUAAUAUGAUAAUAAUAUAUUUUAGCGAAUGAUUGUAAUAAUACAUUUUAACGAUACAAUGAUGAUGAAAUAUCAUAUUUAGGCUCAAACAAAGAAAUAUCAAAAUGGAACCGAAAGCAAAAAAUUGUAAAUAUGUACUUAAAGUAAUGUCAAAAGUGUCAAAAUGUCAAGAAACCACGAAGAUAAAAAGGAAAACGAAAAACAAACCACUAAGUAAUAAUUUAAAUUAAUAAUAUAAAGCCACAAAAAAAUCGGAAAUCCAUCAUACUCUGUGCAUAUCUAUAUUGUUUGUACUUGUUCAAACAUUAUUUCAGUCAUCUAGUCACACAAUAAAAAACAAUUUAAAAUAUU